UGGACGACUCUCCUGAUCGCGAAGCCUAGCUGCGCCUGCGAUCUGGUGCAGAGAAGAGAUGGCGAAGCGCAAGUCGAUGAGCUCCAAGAUGGCGUCCCGGAAGAAGCCGGCGCCGAAGCUGGACACCACCUUCUGCUGCCCCUUCUGCAACCACCCCGACAGCGUGGCCUGCACCAUCGACCUCAAGCUCUUGGUCGCCACCGCCGUCUGCUACGUCUGCGAGGAGGCCUACCACACCACGGCGCACUACCUCACCGAGCCCGUCGACAUCUACCACGACUGGAUCGACGCCUGCGAGCAGGCCAACCAAGGCAUCGAACUCCAAGCCCGGGACUACCACAAACGGCAGCGGCGAGUAGGCAGCGACGACGACGACGAGAGCGAUGCCUGAUCGAUCGAUCAAUCGUGUCCGGUCGUGUCCUUUUCUUGACUAGUUUGAUGUUUGAUCGUGUC